GUGACACCGCGUGGCACGGGGACGGGAUGGGAGAGGGAGUCGAGGUCAGGUAGGACGGCGGGCCCGGCUCCGUCCUUGGUGCGAAGCCGCGUCCUCCCGGCUCCUCGCCCCGCCGUUCCGCGUUGAAGGGCACGGAGGUGUCCUGUGCGGUGCCCGCACGGUGCUGUGGGGCUGAGAGGUGGGGCUGUGGUGGAUGUGGAGCGGUGCUCGGGUGUCUUUGGCCCGAAUCUGGGGUGUUUUGGGGUCUUUGUGUCCAAAAUCUGGGGCGUUUUGGUGCUUUGGUGUCUCAAUCCGGAGCGUUUUGGUGCCCAGGUCCCCAAAUCCAGGGCACUUUGUGUCCAAAACCUGGGGCGUUUUCGUGCCUUUGUUCCCGAAUCUGAGGCGUUUUGUUGCCUUUAUGUCCAAAAUCUAUGAUAUUUUGGUGCCUUUGUCCCAAAACCAGGGCGUUUCGGUACCCAUGUCCCCAAAUUCAGGGCAUUUUGGUGCUUUUGUGUUCAAAAUCUGUGGUGUUCUGGUGCCUUUAUCUCAAAUAUAGGGCAUUUUCAUGCUUUUGUUCCAAAAUCCAGGGCAUUUUGGUGCUUUUACGCCCAAAAUAUGGGGCAUUUUGGUGCCUUUAUUCUAAAUAUUGAGACUAUUUAUACGUGUCUCUCCAUAAUCCAGGCUGUUCUGAUGCCUUUAUGCCAAAAACAAGGCGUUUUAGUGCUGAUGUCCCCAAAUCCAGGACACUUUGGUGACUUUGUCCCCAAAGCUGGGGCGCUCUGGUGCUAUUAUCCCAAAAUCUGGUGCACUUUCCUACUUUUAUCCCCAAAUACAGGGCAUUUUGGUGUUUUUUGUCCCCAAACCUGGGCAUUUUGGUGCCUGUGUCCCUCAAUCCAGGGGGUUUUGGUGCCUUUAUCCCCAAUUUUGGGAGUGUUAGUGCCUGCGUCUGCAAAAUCUGGGCUAUUUUGGUGUCUUUAUCCCAAAUCUGGGGUGUUUCGGUGCACUUUGCGUUGUUUGUUGAGAUUUGCAAGGAAUGCUCAGCUGCCUCCAGCCCAAAUUUGGGGCAUUUUGGUGCAUUCCAGCCCAAAUUCAGAACAUUUUGGUGCUUUUCCUUCGGUUUAGUUGAGAUUCAUAGCAGUGUUAGCGAAAAUUCGGGGCACUUUGGGACCUCUGAUCCAAACGUGGGGCAGUUCAGCGCCCUUCCUCCCCACCUGCUGACAUUCGUAGCCACGCUCCGUUCCUUCCAACCCAAAUUUUGGAACAUUUGGGUGCCUGCAGUGCAAAUCUGGGGCACUUUGGGGAACCUCCAACCCAAAAUUGAGUCGCUUUCGGACCUCCAACCCCAAUUUGGGGCACUUUGGGGGACCUCCAGCCCCAAGUUGAGGUACUUUGAGACCUCCAACCCAAAUCUGGGGCGCUCUGGGUCAUUUCUCUCUAUGUGUUGAGACCUGAAAGUGAUACUCAGCCGCCUCCAACCCCAAUUUGGGGCACUUUGGGGGACCUCCAGCCCCAGGUUGAGGUACUUUGAGACCUCCAACCCAAAUCUGGGGCACUUUGGGUCAUUUCUCUCCACGUGCUGAGACCUGAAAGCGAUACUCAGCCGCCUCCAACCCCAAUUUGGGGCACUCUGGGGGACCUCCAGCCCAAAUAUGAAUAAUUUUGGUGCUCCCGACCCCAAUUUGGAGCACUUAGAGACCAUCAACCGCAAUUUGGGGCCCUUUGGUUCACUUUCCCCCACACCUUGAGAUCUGAAAGCAAUACUCAGCCGCCUCUGACCCCAAUUUGGGGCAUUUUGGUGCCAUUUCCCCCCCCAUGCUGAGACGCGCAGCGACGCUGAGGGUUCCGUACCCCGAAUUUGGGGCGUUUUGCUGCUUUUGGGGCCGUUUCAGCUCUCAACCCUGCGGGUCCAACACCACAUCGCGGUUCUGCGCCUCUCCCUUCCUCCCACGGGCUGCAAAACGGGGAGCAAAAAGGGGAGAUGGGGGUCACGGAUGCAUCGCGAGGCUUUGAGCCGGCACCGCUCCCCGCGGCUCGGUUCGGUUCGCCCGGAGGACGAUGAGGAGGAGCCCCACGGAGGAUUUUGGUCCCCCCCUCUGUGUGCCCGGCGUUAAUUCCCACCUCCCUUUUGCGUCUGUUUCUUCAAGGCAAGCGGAUGCGCGUGCAGUUGUCCACCAGUCGGCUCAGGACCGCGCCCGGGAUGGGAGACAAGAGCGGCUGCUACCGGUGCGGGAAGGAAGGGCACUGGUCUAAAGAGUGUCCGGUAGAUCGCCCGGGGCAAGUGGCUGACUUUACCGAGGCCUAUAACGAGCAGUACGGAGCCGUGCGCACUCCCUACACCGCGGGCUAUGGGGAGACCAUGUAUUACGAUGACGCGUACGGCGGGAUGGCCGACUACUACAAGCGCUACCGCGUCAGGUCCUAUGCGACGGCCUCUGCGUACGACGCCUACGCAGAGCAGACCAUGGCCCAGUACUCCCAGUACGCCCAGUACUCCCAGGUCCAGUCCACGGCCAUGGCGGCCACCACGGCCAUGGCCAGCCGCAUCCCCACCACCUUAGACCCCUACGAUAGAGCUCUGCUGCCCACCCCGGGCGCGGCGGCGGCCGCUGUCGCCGCCGCUGCCACCGCCGCCGCCGCCGCGGCCUCCUCCACCUAUUACACCCGGGAUAGAAGCCCCCUGCGCCGCACGGCAGCCGCGGCCACCACCGUCGGAGAGGCGUACACGUACGAUCGUAGUCAGCUGUCGCCGGUCUCGUCGGUCGCUCGCCCUUCGCUCUACGACAUGCAGCGCUUCGAGCGCGACCCGUACGCGGACAGGGCGCGGUACUCUGCCUUUUGAGCCGAGGAGGUGACCCCCCCAAGGCGGAAGGAGCCCGGCAGGAUUACUCCCCCCCAAGCCGAGGAAGCCCCCCCGGAGCCCCCUCUGCGGCCGGCGCCGCGUCAGGUCAGAGGAGCCCCGGGUCGCCGCCGCCGGUCUCGUCCCCGCGUCGCGGGAUCCAACCGGGGGGGGCUCCCCUCUCCCAGCGCCACGGGGGGGAAGGGGCCGCUCGCCCCCCCCCCCACCACGCACCCACCUCCCGUCUCCUCGGGGUGUCACCGUGUGUUCCCCACGUCCUGGCCGAUCCCCACCCCCCGCCGGCGGCGUCCCCGGGCCGGUGGUCCCGGUGCAGCCCUCUGACCGCUCUCUGCUCUCUUCCAGGUCGGGUGGCGGCGAAGUGGAGUCUACAUUUCCCCCUCCAAAACGGCCGCCGGGCCCCCCUCCCCUCCCCUCCCUUCC